AUGUCGAACACUACUCCUAUCAUAACGCGUGUUGAGUCCUUCAGAGACGACGAGAAGGAACCCCAGCCAGAACACACUGAAAAUGUUGAACCAUCUAACGCCAAAGGAAGAGUCAAGAAGUACGAGGACGACGCAGCUGAAAUUCUUCGUCAAGCUGGUCCUCUGGAGUACACCGUGGAGGAUGACAGACGAGUGUUACGAAAGAUCGACCGCUGGGUGCUCAUCCCCAUGUUCUUUACAUACACUCUGGUUCAUCUCGAUAAAAACGCCUUAUCCUAUGGUGCUGUCUUUGAUUUGCAAAAGGAGACUCACCUGGUAGGCGCACAGUAUUCAUGGCUCUCUAGUUCUCUGUACUUGGUUCAAUUGGUUUUUCAACCCCUUGCCGCUCUCGCCUUGGUUAGGGGUUAG